AUGAUGGAGGUGCCCAACAUCCAUCUCAAGAUCACAGAGGUGCCCAACGAUGCGAAGAUGAUGGAGGUGCCCAGUGACCAUCUCCAGGCCACUGAGGUGCCCAGCACCUGUCACAAAAUGAUGGAGGCGCCCAACGUCCAACUCGGGGCCAUGGAGGAGGUGCCCAAUGUCCAGCUCAAGGCCAUGGAAGAGGUGCCCAACAUCCAACUCAAGUCCAUGGAGGUGCCCAACACCCAACUCAAGCCCAUGGAAGAGGUGCCCAACAUCCAGCUUAAGACCGUGGAGGUGCCCAGUGUCCAACUUCAGACCGUGGAGGUGCCCAACAUCCAAGUAAAGACCAUGGAGGUGCCCAACGUCCAACUCGAGCCCAUGGAGGAGAUGCCCAACACCCAACUGAAGCCCAUGGAGGUGCCCAGUGUCCACCUCCAGGCUGCAGAGGUCCCCGAUGUCCAGCCGCAGCCCCCCGAGGUGCUCCUGGCGGGGGGGAGCCGUCCCCCCUCCCCCCCCCCACGGCUGGCAGUGGUGGGGUCCACCGGGGGGCUGCCCCCUGUGCUGCUGCUGCGGGGGACAGGUGGGGGGUCCUGCCCGCCUCUGCCUGCAGGCGCUGGCCCAGCUGCCCCCCCCCGGCUCCCCCCGCCUCCUCCUGGUGCGGGGGGAGCCGGGGGGGGGCACUGCUGCGGGGCAGCCCCCUACCCCAGCCCGGGGCGGGGCUGGGGGUGGGAGUGGUGGUGGUGGGACAGGGACGGGACCCCCUGCCCCCGAGCUGCCCAGUGUCCCCCUGGUUCACACCUUCUGAGGGGGGGACCCCCGGACCCCACCCCCGCGGAGCCAGAGCUGGGGGAGGGGGGCAGGGGUCCCACUUUGGGGGGGGGUGGGGCCGGACCCCCAGGGGCCCCCCCCGGGACCCCCAAGAUGCCCCAGGGGCCCCUCCCCCAAGAACCACCCCAGGCUGCUCCACUACGCCCCCCAUGAGCCCCCGCGCGGGGGGGGCGGGGCCAGGGCCGUGGGCGUGGUCAAUAAACGGUGCCGCCCCCUCCUUGCA